GGUGGUGUCAAGAAAACAACCUCUCCCUCAUUGUGACAAAAACACAGGAGCUGGUUGUGGAUUACAGGAGGAAUGGAGACAGGGACCAAAUUCAACAUUUCCAAGUCUGUUAUUGACACAAAAUGCACAUUUUAAUAGUGAUCAUGACGCAAUGUAUUUUAUAUAUUGUUGAUGACAUAAAACAUAUUUAUAGAUUGUUACUGACAGAGAAUCAUAUCAUUUGUGUUCCGUGUGUUAUCUGAAAGUACUUGCCUGUGAUGCUGCCACAAGUCAGUGUUUCUCUGUACCUCUACCUUCCCAUACUUGUGCACUUGGCAAUAAAUUCAACAGGACCUGAGAAAUCUCAGUGAGAUUUGAUUAGUGAUGAUCAUCUUGGCAGCUCGGUAGGUCGAAUGUAUGAGACAAUACACUGUUGAAUGCAAAACCCUGAGCAUUGUCGAUGAUCAGUGGGAUCUUAGACUCCAAGUUCAUCGCUCCCUGAAAGAGACUGCACAGAUUGAUCCGGUGGUUAAGAAGGCAAAUGACAUGGUUGUCUUUAUUAGUUGAAGCACUGAGUUCAAAAGUCGGGAAGUUGUGUUGCGGCUGUUACGAGCCUGCGUUCCUACUGUGACUGUUUCUUUAAGAGCGCCGGCGUGAGGAGGCGGGACUAUGACGUCAGUCACAGGCUGACAGCGCUGAUUGUGGACUGAACCAUAAGAGAGAGAGAGCGAUCUGCAGACAGGCAGUCGCCAGUCUAAAGAGAGAGAGAGACUGGAAAAGCUGAUCGCUUCAGUUAGUUGCAGCUGAGGCUUUGAACUCUCCUAUGCCCGCAAGAGUGGGUUGAUCAUCGGUACACGGAAACACAACGAAUGUGUGUGGCUGUCAUUUCGUAUAAUCCAUAGGAGUGGGUUUUGGAAUAUCUUGUGUUAAUCCUUGCCUGGGUAUGCCGUGUGGUAACCCCUGGAAGACGGUAUUCCUCUGACAGGUCACUUUCGCUGAUAACUCGUAUGUGGACGGAUUCAACGGAUAAGAACUUCGUCGACGGUUAUUUUGAAGUAACCGCCUUUUCUCUACAUUUCACUCCGGAUCACAAAUAUCUCUCUCCCAUCAUUUAUUCCGUGGAUUACUGAACUUUCCUUCUUUACCAUCUCAAGACUCUAAGCUUUGUUUCCUCAGGCUCGAUAGUCUGGGGAAUUAUAUUUACACAUAUAUCCACUGAACACUGUUAACUUUCGUUAAGUUACUAUGUUAUAAGUAAAUACUAAUAAACAGAGUGUUUUAACCAUCAAAACCAGACUCCAGUGUGAAAUUUAUUGCUGCUGGUUCGUUUCUAAAACUUCACAGUUCGUAACACAGCUUUAUAAAACUAGUUAGACCACAUCUGGAGUGUUUCAUAUAGUUCUGGUCGCCCCCAUUCUCGGAAGGAUGUCGGGGCUUUGGAGAGGGCGGGGAAGAGUUUUACCAGGACACUGCCUGGAUUAGAGGGCAUGAGCUAUAACGAGAGAUUGGACGAACACAAAGUACACUGCUGAUGCUGUGGUCAAAUCAACACGUACACACACGCUGGAGGAACUCAGGACUGACGAAGGGUCUCGGCCCGAAACGUUGACUGCUCGUUUCUUCGGAUGCAGCCCGACCUGGUUGGACAAACUUGUGUUGUUUUCUCCGGAGCAGCGCAGGCUGGGGUGAGACUUGAUGGACGUUUAUAAGAUUACGAGAGGAAUAGACAGAGUGGACAGAUGAUAUAUUUUUCCUGGGGGUUGAAAUGUCUAACACAUUUAAGGUGAGCGUCGAUGUGAGCGGCAAGUUUGCUUCUUUCCACAGAGUAGCGGGUAACUGGAUCUCUCUGGGGUGGGAGACCAAAACCGGUCACGUGAUGCAGUUUACCCCCCCCCAAUUAAACCGUAGGUGGGCAACAUCGCGCUGCCGUUUCUGUGGCCCCGCCCUCCUGAUGACGUACCACACUUCGCGCAUGCUCACUGUCUCCGGGUGUGCGGUGUAUUCCUUAACGCUCGGUGCUGAAGUCUGCGGGAUCGAGAAAGGCUUCUCGUCUCGUAUGUCCGGGAGCCGGGGCUCUGGAUUACUGUCUCCGGGCUGAAGAUAUCACUUUCCUAUUGUUAGACCUGCAGUGAGAGAUUUAUUGGAAGAAAAACCCCAACUGGAGGAAAACCACGACUGAUGACGAGGGAGCAGCAACAAGUGAACCAACCUGAGGACUGGGAGCAUCAAUCAGAGAGAACCCAACUGACUCGGAGAUUCCAGUGAUUCAGUCAGGAGAAAUUUUGGCUAAAAACAAGGAAUUUAUCUACGGGAAUUUCGAACACAACAUGCCAAUUUUGCUGUCUCUGUCCAGAUAUUUAAGAAGUGGAGCAAGGGAUUCACUCGAUCAUCCUUCCUGCUCAGGCUGUGGGGAGGGAUUCACUUGGUCAUCUGACCGACUGGCAAAGCGGAAAUUUUACACGGGGAGAGGCCGUUCAUUUGCUCAGACUGUGAGAAUGGAUUCAGUGGGUCUUCUCAACUGAAUGUACAUCAGCAAGUUCACACUGGACAAGGCCAUUCACCUGUUCUGUGAGUGAGAAGGGAUUCAGUCGUCUUCCCACCUGUGGACACACCAGUCAGUUCACACUGGGCAGAGGCUGGUCAUCUGCUGAAUUUGUGGGGAAGGAUUCACUCGGUCAUCUGACUUCAUGGCUCACCAGCGAGUUCACACUGAGGGGAGGCCGUUCACCUGCUCGGAAUGUGGGAAGGGAUUCACCUACUCAUCCCAACUGAAGAUACAUCAGCGAAUUCACACUGGAGAGAGGCCAUUCACCUGCUCAGACUGUGGGAAGGGAUUCACACAAUUAGCUGGCCUACAAGCACACCAGUCUGUUCACACUGGGGAGAGGCCGUUCACCUGCUCAGACUGUGGGAAGGGAUUCACUUCGUCAUCUCAACUGAAGGUACAUCAGCGAGUUCACACUGGGGAGAGGCCGUUCAACUGCUCAGACUGUGGAAAGGGAUUCACACAGUUAGCUAACCUACAAGCACACCAGUCAGUUCACACUGGGGAGAGGCCAUUCUCUUGCUCAGACUGUGGGAAGGGAUUCAAUUCAUCAUCUAAACUGAAAGUACAUCAGCGAGUUCACACUGGGGAGAGGCCAUUCACCUGCUCAGACUGUGGGAAGGGAUUCACACAGUUAGCUAACCUGCAAGCACACCAGUCAGUUCACACUGGAGAGUGGCCGUUCAACUGCUUAGAAUGUGGGAAGGGGUUCAUUCGGUCAUCUCAACUGAAGGUACAUCUGUCAGUUCACUCUGGAGAAAGGCCAUUCACCUGCUCAAACUGUGGGAAGGGAUUCACUUUGUCAUCUCAACUGAAGGUACAUCAGCGUGUUCACACUGGGGAGAGGCCGUUCACCUGCUCAGACUGUGGGAAGGGAUUCACACAGUUAUCUGGCCUGCAAGCACACCAGUCAGUUCACACUGGCGAGAGGCCGUUCAACUGCUCAGACUGUGGUAAGGGAUUCACACAGUUAUCUAGCCUGCAAGCACACCAUUCAGUUCACACUGGUGAGAGGCCAUUCACCUGCUCAGUCUGUGGGAAGGGAUUCAUUCUAUCAUCUUGCCUACUGACACACCAGUCAGUUCACACUGGAGAGUGGCCAUUCACCUGCUCAGACUGUGGGAAGGGAUUCACUCGGUCAUCUCAACUGAAGGUACAUCAGCGAGUUCACACUGGGGAGAGGCCAUUCACCUGCUUGGACUGUGGGAAGGGAUUCACUUCGUCAUCUCAACUGAAAGUACAUCAGCGAGUUCACACUGGGGAGAGGCCGUUCACUUGCUCAGACUGUGGGAAGGGAUUCAUUCAGUUAGCUACUCUACAAGCACACCAUUUAGUUCACACUGGGGAGAGGCCAUUCAACUGCUCAGACUGUGGGAAGGGAUUCACUCGGUCAUCUCAAUUGAAGGUACAUCAGCGAGUACACACUGGGGAGAGGCCAUUCACCUGCUCAGACUGUGGGAAGGGAUUCACACAGUUAGCUGGCCUACAAGCACACCAGUCAGUUCACACUGGGGAGAGGCCGUUCACCUGCAUAUUCUGUGGGAAGGGAUUCACUCAAUCAUCUCAAUUGAAGGUACAUGAGCGAAUUCACACAGGUGAGAGGCCAUUCACCUGCUCAGACUGUGGGAAGGGAUUCACUCGGUCAUCUCGCCUACUGACACACCAGUCAGUUCACACUGGAGAGAGGCCGUUAACCUCCUGUUAAUGUGGGAAUGUAUUCACUCAGUCAUCUAACCUUAUGUAACUUUCACUCCGGCUAGCAGCUUAAUAUAGGGGGUGAUAGCCCCCUAGCUCGGCCAAAUGUGUGUGGAUGCUGCGCCGCGUCCCCUGUUACAAAUCAAUACCCCGAAAUAACAAACAGUACACAAGAUGUGAUUCAUAAUUCUUACUUUGACUAUAGGGUUAGUAAAGUAAAAAAAAGGGCCCACUCUCCCCAUUUGUGGCUUCUCAUCUCUCCACAGCAAAAGCCCAUGAAAUUCUCUCAUCCAGACUCACAAGAAAGAACAUUUCUGUCAUUGGACAGCCCAGCACUCCAAAACCCUGUUAUCUCUAGUUGUAUCCUAAACAUUGCUGCUGCAGAGAAACCACUACCUCAGCAGUGAAACAUUACAGAGAGGUCAUUACAUUAGCAGUGAAACCUUACAGUGUGUUACACUUACAACACACUACCGGAUUCACACAGGGGAGAAAGUUUCAAUAAGCUUCAUGCUGGAUAUUUGUCCAUCACCAUUGCUGAAUGCUAUUUUGAGAGUGAUUGUAAGUGUUGAACUCUGCAAUUAUUGCUGCUGCUCACCACACCCAGUUCUGCACCCUGGUCACUGGGCCUGGGAGGAGUUUCUUCUGCUGCAUAUUCACCUUUAAUGGGACUAGAUCUGUGACAAAUGAAUCAGUUCUAUCUUAAGCACUGUCUCUGUUACUUAGUGAAUUUAUAACACACCUAGUGUACAGUAGAGAGUCAACUCAGGCUGGCUGAACCCUGCCAGUGAUUCUGUUCCACAACAGCUCUUUCAAAUCCUCCCCUGUUGUUCACCUCUCACUCUCCCUGGGAUGAGGUCCAAAUAGUCAUCACUCUGUGGGUGAAUAUGUUUCCCUUGAAUUUCUUGCAGACUGAAGAAGUCGAGCUGACUGCAGUUCUGUCUGAGAUGUUCUUUGCCCCUCUAAUCUCUGGGCUGAGGAAGAAUGACAUUGGGAGUUAACCUCCUUAAUCACGACUCAUGUCCACAUUAUGGGUCACUUUCCCCACUUCUAAAAUGUUGUUAGCGAACACCACUGUCCUCUAAAGACUGAAAGCAGAGUGGGAAGUCAUCAAUUGGAUUUUCAAUGAAGCUGGGUCAGAAACCAGAGGGAGGUCUGCACAGAGCAGAAUUUGGGGCCCUGGACGAUGUUCGGGGUGAGAACGUAUGAUGAGGAGAGGGGAUUCAGCAACAGGGCAUGUCAACGAAUGACAUUUGGAAGCAGAUUGACAGAGAAAGUAAUUAGGUUAUCUGACUGAUGACACAAACACUACCUGUGGUGAGGUGUUCCACUGGCUGAGGAACAUGUGUGUUAGGAAUGGUUUUAUCUAUUGGGGGAGUUGUUCCUGCUUGUUUAUCCUGUAAUAUUAUAACCAGAUGGAUUGACCUAUCUGAAAUAAUGUAUUGAUGAUCAUAUAAUUUGCAAGAUUUUGGCUCUAAAACUGGAUCAGGCUUGAAUUUAUGGUGUUUUCAUGAGGUGAUGGAGGGCAUUCAUGAGUUUGUAUUUUAAAGCAAGAUUUUGGUGAAAGAUAUUUGCCACUUGAUUGUACCUGCGUAAGUAAUCAGAUUGAGUUAAACUGCUGCAGGAUCCUAGAAUGUGUUGGACUGUGUCUGGUUUCUCUUGGCCUUUUCUGCACUUACUGCUUCGUUUGUUUGUAUUUCAUGAAGUUUCGAUUUGUUUUACUUUUGUUACCCACCUCGUCCUGUAUUUCCGCAAGGAACUCCUCUGUUUCUGGGAAGAAGUCUCCAACUCUCAGUCAGGUGCUCGAUGCUUCCUUGUCACCAUCUCGUCUGCUCAGAUCAUUGGGAUGUCUCCCAUGGAGGGUCAUACACAUUUCACUGGUUAAUGUUUUCAUCCAGAGUGAUGAUUUAUUUUUCUGAGCCAGCUUGUCAUUUAAGUUUUAUGGUCUGUAUUUCUUAUCAUAAUUGCAUAUACACACAUGGAGUCAGUUCAGUUCCUCCGCCAUAUCCUUAUCUCCAUUUACAAUUUCUCCAACAUCAUUUUCUUUCAGUCCUAUAUCUACCUCACCUGUUUUUUUUACUCCUUAUAUACUUGAAAAAGAUUUUAGUAUCCUUUUUGAUAUUAUUUGCUAUCUUUCUUUCAUAGUUCUUCUUUUCUCUAUUAAUGACCUUACUUUUCUUUCGUAAGUUUUUAAAAAAAACUUCCCAAUCCUCUGUCUUCACACUAAGUUUUGCUUCCUUGUAUGCCCUCUGCUUUGCUUUUACUUUGGCUUUGACUUCUCUUGUCAGCCACGGUUACAUACUUUAUCCAUUCGAAAACUUAGUUUUCUUUGGAAUAUAUCUGUCUUGCACUUUCCUCACUUCUCGCAUAAACUCCAGCCACUGCUGCUCUGCCGUCCUCCCUGCUAGUGUCCCUUUCCAGUCAACCUUGGCCAGUUCCUCUCUCAUGCUACUGUAAUUUCCUUUACUCCACUGAAAUACUGACACAUCUGAUUUUGGCUUCUCUUUCUCAAAUUUCACAGUGUACUCAAUCAUGUUGUCAUCACUAAGGGUUCCUUCACUUCCAUCUCUCUAAUUACCUCUGUUUCAUCACACAAUACCCAAUCCAGUACAGCCGAUCCCCUAGUGGGCUCAACAACAAGCUGUUCUAAAAAGCCAUCUCAUAGACAUUCUAGAAAUUCUCUCUCUUGAGAUCCAGUGCAGAACUGAUUUUCCCAAUCCACUCUUCCAGUAGCGAUCUGAUUUUCCCAAUGAUUUUCCUUGCUUUUGACCCCCUGUCAAAAGUUCUGCUAAUGUGAAUAGAUCAGCGAGUAAAAGACAACCUGAUUUCCAAAAGGCAUAAAGUUAGAGAUGACACAUUUCUUUAAUAUUUAAGCAAGAUUACAUUUUUAUUUCAAUCUAUUACAGUUUCAAAAUAACAAAAAAAGGAAAAGGGCCAGAAGCAAAUGUUUGGGCGCCCUACAUUUUCAGUAGCACCCCCUUUGGCAAGUAUCACAGCUUGCAGACACUUUUUUUAGCCAGCCAAGAGUCUUUCAAUUCUUGUUUGGGCAAAUUUCUGGGUUCGGACAUUAGUAGCAAUGUACUAACUGUGGAAAUUACAAACCACAAUAUUAUUAGAAUCACAGAGCCAAGCAGCAAUGAAACAGGCCUAUCAGCCCUUCUAGUCAAUGCUGACCUGUUUUUGUUGUUACUGCCCAUUUCCAGCUACCUGCAUCAGAGCCUCCAUACACCUCCCACCCACGUCCUCACCCAAAUCCCUCUUUAGUGUCUAAAUCAAACCCACAUCCUCCACUUCCACUGGCAGCUCAUUUCACACUCUCACCAACCUCUUCACCAAAGUGAAGAAUUCCCCUUCAGAUUCCCUGAAAAUAAUUCACUUUCACAUGGAACUUAUGUGAAAUGUCAGGAUGAGAGAGUGGACGGGGCAGAGAGGGAAGACAGUAAAGGGAGGGGUGGUUGAAUGUGGAGAGGGAAACAGAGCGGAGUGUUUAUACUUAAUAUUUUUUGAGAAAAAUUAAUCGUUUUAACUUGCUGCAAACCUACUCUCCAUAUCCUGUAUAUUCUUAACCAGAUUACUGAUCCAGAUGACAAGUAGCAAUGGUUGAUGUUCAAAGUAAAUUUUAUUAUCAGAGUACAUAACUUUCAUAUAGUCAGAUACCACAUAAAACCAUGAGAUAUCUUUUCCUACAAGAAUACUUAGCAAAUCUUUAGAAUAGUAACAUGAUCGAUGAAAGAUCAAGUAGAGCACAGAAUUCAACCAACUAUGCAAAUCCAAAUAUAAUUAAAUAUCAAUGAAUAAUGAGAGCAAUGGGGUGUAACCCUGAGGAACCUCAUUGGGCUCGGGCCUCGAGUCCAAUAAACAGCCUCCCACCAUCACUCUCUGCUUCCUACCAUCAAGACAACUGUGCAUCCAGUUAACCAGCUCUCCCUGGACCCCGUGUGAUCUAACUUUCGACAGCAACUUACCAUGCUGAACCGUAUGAAAGAACUCACUGAUGCCCAUAUCGGCCACGAUCCUGGGACAGAGAUGUCACCGAUCAGAGGGCAUGGAUUUAAGCAGAGGAUGAAGUGGUUCAGAGGGAUCUGAGGAGGAGAUUUCUCACUCAGAGGGUAGCUGAAAUCUGGAACUCACUGCCCGAGGUGGUGGUGGAGGCAGGUCCCUUCACAACAUUUACGAAGAGGAUGAGCAUUGAAACUGCCGAGAUACAGUCGGCUGUGAACCAAGUGCUGAUAAAUGGGACCAGUGUAGACAGUGAGUGGAUGGUCAGAACAGGUAUGGCCGACCAAAGGCCUGUUUCCGUGCUGUUUGAUCCACCACUCCGGACAUGCUCAAUUAACGAUGGUGGCACCGCAAGGCAUUGAUUGCAAAACUCCACACCCCUCUCCAACCUAAAAUAAUCCAUACUGAACCCCUUUGUCACCAUUGGAAGUAUCUGUUUCUGUCAAGGUAGCAUUGAGAUUGGUCACUUUUGCUGAAUAACUGGCAAUUGAUGAAGUUCCUGUGUCUUCCAUUAAUGUUGCUGCCUUACAGCAAAACUAACCCUCUCACAGUGUCACAAUCAGUGAUUAAAUCCCGCAUCAAACACUGUGCUUUCAACCCUGCACUUGAUCCAUUUCACUGAGGUUCUGUAGACACAAACCCUGCCCUCUGCACAUGUGAUCACAUCUCCCCUGCUUCUGACAUUUCAAAUACCCUCGGAAUGGUUUUCUGAUUCAGUCUGAAGGUUAUGGUACAUUCAGCUCAUCGUCAGACCUGACAAACCAUGUCUUCCCACAGCUGGUUCCACCUGUUGGUGUGUCCUCUUUCCUCCACCUCCAGGGAAGCUGCAUCUCCACACAAGCUCCUCACUUGAGACGACUGUCUAUACCCGUGACAUAGGAAAUCACAUCUCUGUCACUCUAUUCCAGCUGCUACCACCAUAACAGCAUAAAAGCCAGGACCAACAGGCUCUGGGACAGCUUCUUUCACCAGGCCAUCAGACUGAUGAACUGACGCUGACUUGAAUGUACUCUAUAUUACAUUGUCUGUUUUAAUUAUUAUAAACUCUUAUAAAUUACUAUGAUUGCACGUUGCACAUUUAGAUGGAGACAUACUCCUCAUGAAUGUAUGAAAUAAAGUCAAUUCAAUUCAAUUCCUGAUUCUGUGCCUGACCUGCUCGCCUCUGGGUAUCCUCCGUCAACAAGCUUCUUCCU